AUGGAAGAUGGGGUUUGCACACAGAGCGGCACCGGCAAAUUAACCGCCCGGCUACCGGUCAAAUUAAAAUCGAAUCUGGCGACACACGGCAACCGGCCGGUAGAACUGCAGCCCGGUUCGUCUGAAAGCAUGCGAGUUUAUACUUGUUUGCACACGAUCGCAAAAUUUGUAGCGUUCGCUGGUGCACAGGCCGAAACAACUUCGAGUUACGUAGCUGAUGAGGAAUUGACGCAACUUGACGAUUCAGAUACUAUUGACAGCGCACCCGAUACACCAGCUUCCAUUCAGUCAUCAUCUACAUCAACCACUCAGGCUUCAACAUCUACAUCACGUGUUUCGGGAUCGAAAGUUCCAUCAAAAGGCGCAAAAAGAAGAGGAAUCGACGAUUUUGAAUCCAGAUUGCUGAAUUACUUAGAAACUCCGGUUUCACAGCCACACCUGAAUGAAGAUCAAUCCUUUCUAAAUUCGUUAUUACCAACGAUGGCCCGAUUUGACGAUGAGCAAAAAUUAGAAUUUCGAUUAGGGGUUCUACAACUCAUUAAACAAAUUAAACACAAAAACGAUCCCGUAUCGAGACAUACUACUUGGACCAGCCAACAAUACGUCUCCCAAGUGCAACAAUUCCCUGUCCCUCCUCAACAUCAGAUGCAGCAUCUACCUGCAGCACAAAUACAACCCCAAUACAACUAUCACCUGCAAUCACAAACACAACCACAUCCUCAAGAUUCCAACUCUCAGUGCGAAUCGCCUUUUGAUAUUUCUUAUACAAGGAGAUCUAGUGGGUUUACAUUCACCUACUUAUCAGAAGAGGAAACUAGAAUGAGAGCAGUAUCUGCUUUAGAGAUAGAUAAGAGAAAACGAAAGAGGCAUGAGGAAAAGGUGGCCUUGAAAAGGGAGAUGUUUGAAUCGUUUGAAAAGAACGCUGAGAAAAGAGAAGAUGAGAAUCGAAGAUGA